AUGAUCAGAACUAUCAAUCCAAAAAACGCCAGGGCUAAAAGAGCUCUUGACAAGAAGGAGCCUAAGUUGGUUGAAAAUGUUAAGCAGGCGUUGUUCAUUCCUGGACAAACAUCCAAUAAGUUCUUGCAUGAAGCUAUGAUCGAUUUGAGUGGAUUUAAGAAGCCAAACAUUAAACGGUUUUCGCAUAGGAAUGAUGUGAGGCCAUUUGAGGAUGUGGAGCCUAUUGAGUUUUAUAGUGAGAAGAACGAUUGUUCGUUGGUGGUUGUGAGUUCCAACUCGAAGAAAAGGAAAAACAACUUGACGUUUAUUCGUACUUUUGGCUAUAAGGUAUAUGAUAUGAUUGAACUGCAAAUUUGCGAGAAUUACAAGCUACUUUCUGAUUUCAAGAAACAAACGGUGGGUGUUGGUUUGAAACCUAUUUUUUCAUUUCAAGGUGAAGCUUUUGAAUCGCAUCCUGUGUACAAGCAUGUCAAGUCUUUGUUCCUGGACUUUUUCAGAGGAGAGUCUAGUAGCCUUCAAGACGUUGCUGGUCUUCAAUAUGUCAUUUCCCUGACUGUAGAGGGCGACUUUAAAGAAGGUGAAUCACUUCCUAAUGUUCUUUUCAGAGUGUACAAGCUGAAGACUUUUAGAUCUUCGCAAGGUGGAAAGAAACUGCCUCGGGUGGAGUUGGAAGAGAUUGGUCCUAGAUUCGACUUUAAAAUCGGUAGAAUUCAUACACCAUCGCCGGAGAUGGUGAAGGAUGCACACAAGAAAGCGAAGCAAUUGGAGUUUAAGACCGCCAAGAAUGUCGAGAUCGAUGGAAUGGGUGACAAGAUAGGUAGAAUCCAUGUUGGAAAACAGGACUUGAACCAGCUCCAGACCAGGAAGAUGAAGGGCUUAAAGGCUAAGUACGACCAAGUUGAUUCCGAAACGGAAGCUUAUAUAAACGAAGACGAGCACCAUCUAAACGAUGACAGCUACGGCGAGGACUAUGUCACAGCUAGCGAAAUCGAGCCGCCAUCCAAAAAGCAUAAAAAAUAG